AAUUAAGUAUCCCACGAAAUUUCCAUAUCUUAAUCGGUCAAUGCUAUUGCAUACAGCUAACAAUGGUUGGAAAAAUAAAAGUCAACCCGAUUGGUCGUUCUUUUUUGUGAAAAAGUAAACAACCUUUUGAAACGACUAUCAAGUUGAGAAGAUUAGUUACACUUAAUCUAUGACAAUCCAUUCAGAAAAAUAGCUGGUAAUGAGUUAUAUACACUAAUUCAACAUGGCUAGAUGCAUGUAUAUGCAUCCCGGGUCAGCAAUUUGAUCUCUUUUUUUCAUCAUUAAGAAUGAAGUGUUCUAAGCGGACAAUAACAACGCAUAUUCGACCUGAUCUGUAUUUCAUUUUAUUAAAUUAUGCCUUAAAUUCCUUUUGGGAAUUGGUUUUAGGCAUGUUUCCUAAAUCUAUUUAAGUUUACGAGUUUCCCUAUUCUACUGGGUUUUAGUUCCCUAUUACAUUUGGGAUUAACCUGUCCUUGGAUCUAUAAAUACAAGGAGUAGACAUAAGGUUCUAUUACAUUUAGGAUUAACCUCUCCUUGGAUUUAUAAAUACGAUGAGUAGAUAUAGGGUUAUAUACUUUCUUGUGAAGUAAUUCUGCAAGUCAAUAAGAUAUUUGUUCUUGCCUGUAGACGUAAGUCAAACUGACCGAACUGCUCUAACAUUUUUUAACAUUUAUUUCUAUCUUCUCCUCUAGACUAGAGACAGAUCUCAAUGGCAAGCCGAGGCGGGCCUUCCAGCAGAAAAGAUAACCCUAAGGGAUCAAAACACCAUGGCAUAACACAGCAAAGGAGACAGGAAAUAAAAGAGGCGUUUGAUUUGUUUGAUACGGAUCGUUCCGGCACGAUUGAUGCCAAGGAACUAAAUGUCGCAAUGAGGGCACUUGGGUUCGAAGCCACGGAAGAGGAAAUCAUCAGAAUGAUUGCUGAAGUAGACAAAAACGGGAGUGGAGCCAUAGACUUUGAGGAAUUCUUGCACAUGAUGACUGCCAAGAUUGGAGAAAGGGACAACAAAGAGGAACUCGGGAGAGCGUUCCAAAUCAUUGACCUGGACAAGAAUGGGAAGAUUUCCACGGCGGAUAUCCGGCUCGCCGCUCGCGAAUUAGGCGAAGAUUUCACCGAGAGAGAAAUCCAGGAGAUGGUUCGGGUAGCUGAUGGAGAUGAUGAUGGAGAAGUCAGUUUUGAAGAGUUCAUGAGGAUCAUGAAAAGAACCUCUUACGGUACUACUACAUAUUAAGGACGUUUUUGGUUUUUUUCUAUUCAUGAGAUUUCAUCUUAUAUAUGUACACUGAAAACACUCAAACAAAGUGAUUUCUUUCUUCUUUUCUUUUUUGAAAUCAAAACGUCAAAACAUAUGUGUUCAAAGAACAUCCUACAUUAUCACAUUGCAUCAAAUUAUACGCUCCCUUUUUUACAUUGAUUUCUGCUACACUAUCUUUAGGUACGUUCUUCGUAGAACUUAUACACAUGGAAUUGAAUUUGAUGUUUUUUCACAUUGACUGUUAUUUAUUGUACACCGUAAAAGAUUACGCAUCUGACUUUCAUGUUCGAAG